AUGACGGAGGGAUCGGCCUCCCCGAAGGAGCGCCACGAUCAAGUCCCGCCGCCUCGCGGCAUCUUCAGCAUUCGAGCGGACGCACUGACCCCGGGCGUGCUCUACUUGGCGUCGGGAGCCGAUGCGGACGGCAGGGUGUCUUCUGCCUUCCUGCACGUCAUUGAGAAGCACCUCAGUUAUGUCAACCCAGCCAACCAGCAGAAGGGCGCUGCGGAAGAUGACGAUGCGUGGGAAGAUAUAUGCCGGAGCGCCAUAUUCUGGCGACAGUCGAACGACCUGCAGUACGACGAGGAUGCGUACGUGGAUGCCUCCUGGGCUGCGGAGUCCAUCGAGGUAUCAAGAGAGAUCAAGGAGCUGCUGAACACUGAGAAGCCACCGGAGGACUCCCCGGACAACGACAUCGUCAACGCAAACGGCGACCAUGUGCAGUCGUCGCGCGUGAGAAUCCUGGACCUUGCGGCGGGCAUUGGGGGCAACAGUGUCCACUUCGGCGAGGACAGCGACCUCGUUGUAGGGGUGGAAAUGAACCCUCAGCGGGUUGAAAUAUGCAAGAACAACCUGCGAGCAUACGGCGUCGACCAUGCCUGUGUCGUGCAGGGCGACCUUUUCGACUUCAUCGAACAGUUCGCGGAGGACCCGAUGAAAAAGGCGCACGAGUUGGGGAUACAGCAACAUUUCACCGAAUCGCAACACUUCGACUGUGUCCACACAUCGCCGCCCUGGGGCGGGAAAAAUUACGCCGGCUCCAGCAACGACAAGGUGUACACGCUGCAGCCGAAUUUCGAUGUCGAGCGCGUAAUGAAAAGCGUGGCGAAGUUCACUGAUAUUGCCACCUUCUACCUGCCGCGGUCGCAGUGCGUGUACGAGCUGGUGAAGCUCGCAGACAUGGGCGGCUUCCCGCUGGUGAUCAUCUCCGCGUACCACUACCGACGAAAAACCAGGUGCAUACACGCGCACUUCGUCAAAAGGGUGGAGUGUUUCAAGUAUUUGAAGGUGGAGAACAUGGAGAGGACCCACGUGCCCUAUAAAAAGGCGCCUCACGGGCUCAACCUCCUUGUCCACUCCACGCCGUACGUCACGAGCAAAUUCAGCAUCAAGUCGGAUAUGCACAUGGACCGAGUGGUCCAUGCGAUCAUGAAGAUGCUGGACGAAAAGACCUUUAUCGUCGCAGCGAAACUACACAACCUCCUGCGGCUCCACCCGUUGAGCGGCGUCAUGGCAAUCGCCAACCAGGCGAGGGAGAUACAAAACGCCGGAGGCAUGACCAAGACAGACUCCAACGAAAAGCGCACCACAGGGGGGAUAUUCUUCCACCUACUGAAGACGCAGGACAGGGAGCUGUACAAAAAAAUGGAAAAAUUCGUAUAA